AUGUGUAUCAACCACAGAGAUACACNCAUCAUUGCUGACACCACUGAGGGCAAUCGUGUGUUAUUGGGCAGUGGUUUGUGGUGUCCAUGUGUAUCAACCACAGAGAUACACAGACUGAAAGGAAAACAAUACCAUAAUAGGGGGACGGUACAUCUGCCAGCACGGUUCACAUCGGGUGGUGUGUUCAAGCCCACCUUUGUUACAAUAGCGCCGCGUGGUGUGGCUGGCGACGGUACAGGUGGUAAAGCUCUGAGCAACGCGGGUGCUGCGAGGUCGGUGCAAUGGACUCUCAACAGUACAGUGGAGGAAGUUCUGCUACAAGGAAAUCUUCCUCCAGUGAACAUGAAGCUGAAUGACUUUCUUCUUGGGCAUCUUGGUGGUAGAGGUGUAGAGGACGUGAAUGGGGAUGUCAGUAUGGAAGCGUUUGUCGUGGAGCCUGGUAUGUUCAUCACUGACAAUAGGCUGUUGAACGUCAUACUUGCGAUGUCGCCAUUCAAAGCAAUAGUAGAGGAAAUGAGAUACAGGGAAGCACAGAGGGAAGCACAGAGGGAAGCACAGAGGGAAGCACAGAGGGAAGCUGUACACAAACUCAAAGAGACUGGUGUGUAUUCUCUCCAGCAGUGGGACGUGUAUGAUAAAAAGGAACACGUUAUCCCUUUGGUGGGAGGAAUGUUAAAUGCAGCCCUCAGCGUUGCGAAGAAUGAAUCACCGUUAUUGAAUGGUGAAGUGAUGAUGGGGGUCUACGAGUCUGUAUUGAAUGCUACAUGGAGCCAUGUGGUGAAAGUCCCUGGUGACAGUGAAGGAGUCGGAAUGGAGGUCAGGAAAGGCAAGCCGUCGAGGGAAUGGACAGACAGCGAGGUGGGCUAUCUUCUUCCUGGUGGUGCAAGUAAUGGGGAGAACAAAGAGAGCACCAGUGCAGAGGGGGUGGCGGAUCCGCAGGAAACACGUGUUGAGUUGAUGGUGCUCAAUUCUGAAAAAGGCUGGCCGUACACGUGGAGAAGGGCAAAAACUAUGUGCGAUUGCCACAUCGGCCGCGAGACGGAACGUGUUUGGCGCAUCAUUAAGCGUGAUGUAGACGAAUGGUUUGCGUGUCGUGGUGGAGAUGAUGCGGGACCGGAAAAGCGUCUUUUGAUUGGGACACCUGGUAUAGGGAAAUCAAUGGGAGCUGGCUCGUAUCUCCUGUAUCAACUGCUGCACUAUGACAAGGAACGACUUCCUUUUGUUGCAUACUUCAUUAAAGAUUGCGUGUUUAUCUUUGACAAAACCAGAGGUGAAGCACAAGGACGCGUGGAGUACUACGAUAACCUCGAAGAGGGAAGGCGUGCUGUGUUACGUCUCUCUCAUACUGUGAGGGGAUACAUAAUCUACGAUGUGGCAAAGCAAGGAAGUGAACCGUCAGUGGAUCUACCUCCAAAAGGAUGGGGCAUGUUUGUUUUGAGCUCUCCAAACAAGGACAACUUCAAGGGUUGGGAGAAGCAAAGAAGAGGAAUGCGUAUCAUAAUGAAUUGCCCUGAGACGAGUGAACUAAGGGCGAGGUUUGUGUGGAUUAACCGCGAUGAACCAGAGGAAGUGAAGCAGGCAGAAUGGAAGGUUGUGGAAGAGCGUAUAGAGCAUUUAGGACCACUUCCCCGCCACAUUUUUACUCAAGGUGCUUUCAGUAAGCGUGUCGGCAAGGUUGAAUGGGCGUUGAAUGAAAUCACCCAAACAAACGCUGAGACGUACAGGAGGUUAAAUAGUAGCACUGUCUCGCAAGGGGGGGGGG